UGGCCACUUUCCAACCACAUUGCUCAUGAGUUGACAUAAGGACUUCUGACUGUGACUCAGGUACCUGGUAAAUCCCAUCAAUAGGCCUGAGGCUGAAGAUUUUCCGUUGACACUAGUCCCCUUUCUGCUCUUUGGCUCUCCAUGCGAGCCAGAGACCAAUGGAUGCCAUCACCAGCGCCAGCCUCAAGAGGAAGUUUGAUGAUGUGGACGUGGGCUCACCCAUCUCCAACUCCGACGAUGAAAUCUCCAACAGCGACAGUGCGGACAGCUGCGACAGCGUCAAUCCUCCCAGCUCUACGGGCUUCAUACCAACCUCCAUCUUGAAAAGGCAGAAGCAGCUGCGCAGGAAGAACGUGCGCUUUGGCCAGGUGACUGUGUACUAUUUUGCAAGGCGCCAGGGAUUUACCAGCGUGCCCAGCCAAGGGGGCAGCUCCCUGGGCAUGGCCCAGCGCCACACCUCCAUCCGCAGGUACACCCUCGGUGAGUUUGCCCAGGAACAGGAAGUGAAUCAUCGGGAGAUCCUCCGAGAGCACCUGAAGGAGGAGAAGCUCCAUGCCAAGAAAAUGAAGCUGACGAAGAACGGCACAGUGGAGUCGGAGGAGGCAGACGGCCUGACCCUCGAAGACGUCUCCGACGAUGACAUCGAUGUGGAGAACAUGGAGGUGGACGACUACUUCUUCCUGCAGCCGCUGCCCACCAAGCGGCGGCGGGCCCUGCUCCGGGCCUCGGGCGUCCAUCGCAUCGACGCCGAGGAAAAGCAGGAGCUCCGGGCCAUCCGCCUCUCGCGGGAGGAGUGUGGUUGCGACUGCCGCCUGUACUGUGACCCUGAGGCCUGCGCCUGCAGCCAGGCUGGAAUUAAAUGCCAGGUGGACCGAAUGUCCUUCCCGUGCGGCUGUUCCCGUGAUGGCUGCGGGAACAUGGUGGGGCGAAUUGAAUUCAACCCCAUCCGGGUGCGGACUCACUACCUUCACACCAUUAUGAAACUGGAGCUGGAGAACAAGCGGCAGGUGAGCCGGGCCCAGACUUUGGAGGAAGAGCCCCCUCACAGCUCCAGCAACGACUGGCUGGCAGGCGCCCAGCCCUCGGAGACGCAGGACUUCCAGGAGUUCAUGGCGGAGAAUGAAACGGCGGUCAUGCACCUGCAGACGGCCGAGGAGCUGGAGCGGCUGAAGGCGGAGGAGGACUCCAGCAGUGGCUCCAGCAUGGAGAGCCUUGGCGUGUGCAUCCUGGAGGAGCCCCUCGCGGUGCCGGAGGGGAUGUGCCCCAGCCUGGCUGCGCCCAUCCUCAUCCAGGCCCAGCUGCCUCCGGGGUCCUCGGUUCUGUGCUUUGCGGACAGCUCCGAGCAGGCGAGCUCAGCCGAGGGUGACCAGCCCUACUUGAACAAUGGGCCUGUCGUCUAUUACCAGGUCGACCAAAGGUCGGUGCUGGGGGUGAAGGGAGAGAGCAAUGCUGAGGAGCCCGAGAUCCCGUCUCGUUACACGGAUGAGAAGGAGAUGAGUGUCUACUCUGUCCCCGUUAGCUCGCUGAUGCCGUGUGGCAGAGCGGCUGUGUCUGGAAGGGCGGAAGCAGGGAAGGCUAUUUUGUCCCCAGAUCCCCUCCCUUCCGAAAGCGGUCAGCCCAACGGUCCCCUGCCAUUCCCUCCAAAUGUGCCACAGGACAGCUUGUGCCCCCAAGGAGUGGGGCAGUCCCCAGAGAGAGCCUGUGAGCUGCCUUCCUCAGAGGAACACUCUCUGGGGCCCGCUCUGGCUGUGUGA